AAGUGUGGGUAAACCGAUGGUGUGUUGGAUCGCUAUGUCUUGACUUGGACAUGAGCGAGCCACGAGUUAAGCAUACGACGUGGUCGAUGCAAUUAACGUGUCUUAUGCAACGCUUGAUGUAUGGGCGUCGAGGGUUCAUUGCCGGAUGCGGGGUGAUUGUAUUGUCACAAGGAAGUGUGACUUGUUGUUUAGCCAUGAGGCGUGGCACCCAUGAGAGACGACACUUGAUGGUGAACCUCUCACGGAGUUGUGAGAGUCAUGAAUAUCAUGAAGAUGGGAGAAGGCUGAUUGGGAUCCGAACGGAUCCUGGGCUGCAUGGGUGUGCUUUGAGAGGCGAAAUAUGUGUUUUGCUUCCGCCACGCCACGCCGCUCGCUCAUCUUGUGACACUGGACUCUCAUUUCUUAGAUGGUUGGUGUGUAUCAUGCAAGGGGAGGAUGAAGCCUUUUUAUAG